AUGAAUAAAUUUGGAAAUGCAGGCGUGCAAAACAACCCUCCUUCUCGUGUGAUAUACAUUGGGUCUAUCCCAUAUGACCAAACUGAAGAACAGAUACUGGAUUUAUGCAGCAAUGUUGGCCCAGUGGUGAAUUUGAAGAUGAUGUUUGACCCUCAAACAGGUCGUUCCAAGGGGUACGCUUUUGUGGAAUACAAAGACUUAGAAACCAGUGCUUCUGCUGUGCGCAAUUUAAAUGGUUACCAGGUAGGCUCUAGAUUGCUAAAAUGCGGGUAUUCUUCCAACAGCGAUAUUUCUGGCAGUGCCGGCAACGACAACAACGAUAAUAGCAACAUCCACGAUAUAAACGGCAACUUGAGCAACGGCAUGAUGAAACAUGGGGGGAACGUGGAAUACAUAGACAGUAAGUUUUUGAAUUUACCUAAUGGUGUCGACGUGAAUAUCAAUAUGACUACACCAGCGAUGAUGAUUUCCAGCGAGCUUGCCAAGAUCGACAAGAGCGAGCAGCUGGUGAUACUGGACAACUUCCAGAAGUACUGCAGCGAGCAUGAAGAGGAAGCCAGCGAGCUGUUAAACGAAUUCCCUCAGUUGAUAUAUAGUAUAGCGGAGCUGUUGCUGACGAACGGGGUCUGCAAGACCGACGAUUUGAUUCCGUUGACCAACAGCGUACCGAGCAGUGGCAAUGCGGGUGAUAGCGAUGAGACUGGGAAGAGCAAUGCAGUGGACAAAGAGAUGCAAGAGAAACAAAAGAACCUGUUGAGACAGGUCCUGCAAUUGAGCGACAGCGAAAUUGCAAUCCUACCUGAUGAUGAGCGCAUGGGCAUCUGGGACAUCAAGCAGAAAGUGCUAAAGGGAGAGUUCGGCAGCUUAUAA